CUUUGAUAAGGACUGGCUAUUUUAGCCUCGUAUCCCUGCUAAAUUCCAAUUUGUAAGGACCACUCGAUUUUCGAUUGGUUGGUUUGUUCGUGUUUUCUUUCUCCUUGCACAGAGUGUCAUCUGUUGCCAUCAUUGAACUGCUAAAUUUUGAACCAUUUGGCACUACUUGAUAUCAUAGCAACUUGUUGGAGAUUUCUCUGUUUGCUUGAUUGUGAGGGGUCGAACGUCAGCAAUUUGUCACUAUUAAAAUUGGAAAAGGGGAGAACUUAAUUCAGAUAAGGAAAACGGUGAAGCAUAAGUUGUGAGUUGUGACCCCAACCAUUGCUUGGUGCCCUUUGAAUCCGGGUGUUAGUGUGGUCCCUCCGGAUUCAUCGUCUUUUUCCCUUAUUUGUAGGUAGAGAAAAAUGGUGUACUUUCCGAAUCUUCAAGAAUAUCUUUGCUUUGAGGAUUUUGGGGAGAUUUAAUUUUCCCAAACUUUUCUGCUUUUUUCUUUGGGAGUGGAGGGGGAUAAGCGGGGUUGAAAUUAGUUUAAGAGGACAAACUAGAGGAGGGUAUAUUCAUGGUGAAGAGAAGGGGGAAAAGUCAGAACAGAUGUUCCGCCAUUGCCAAGUGUUAAUUGAAGAAGAUAACUAAUGUUAAUCAUAUCUUAUAAUUUCCAAGCUGCGUGAGAUUAUCCGAAUCUUGUCACCUGCUGAGGACUAUCAGGUGUGAACAUAUCCGUCUGCCGUUGUUGCAAACUUCCGCAGGACUGAGAAGCUGAUAAAUUACAGCGUAUUCGAGUAAAGAUAUAGCACCAUCUGAAAUAGGACUAGAGUCCUUGCCACCUUUCCAUUCUUAUGGACAAUGAUUUAUAGUUUGGAAAACCUCCCAAGUUCAGAAAGUCAUAAGAAGGAUGGAUAGCUCGAUGUCAUCCCGAGCUAGCCAAAGUACAAAAUUGCAAGACAAGCUGAAAUUCAAAGAAAUAAAGAACGUAGAGCGUAUCCCAUCAGCAUCGUUGGCGAAACACCCAAAGCAGAAGGAGGAGCUUGUUAAAUUCAUGUCAAAUGUGCCAAACUAUUUGGAGAAAGGAGAAAACCUCAAGGAGAAAGCUUUAAACGUUGGAGUCCUUGACUUUCGCCGUUUAGAAAAGUGGCAGUCUCAUCAUAAGGCAAUAUCUCAGCAAAGUAGCAGGUAUUCGCCCUCCACCAGCAAUUCCUCAUUUUUCUCGACAGAUGACUCAUCAACCCAUUCUAGCAGAGCCCACAGCAGCUCUCCUGCUCGGAAAAGGACGCAUGGGCCAUCGCUACGAUCCCAUUUGAAUUCAUCACCAAAAGAAGCUUAUUCUCAGGGUGCCAAAACUGCCAUUAAAGAAAAUGUUGGAAAGUUUGAAGAUCUCAAAGCAUCAUCGAGCAAUCCCUUGAAGGGACAACAGAAUAUCUUUAGAAUGUACCAGUCUUUUAGCAGAAACCAACCAGGAAUCAAGCUGAAAGAGUCCCAGUGGGAAGACACGGAACCAAAAAUCAUUCCUAAAGUUGCGAAAGCGUCCCUGGAUUCAAAAAGUUAUGGGGCAGUAUCACGAAUGAAGGGCAAGGAAAAGAUUCAAGAUGGUGAAUCUACUAGGGGAGUAGAGGAGCGCCAGGACCGCCUACGUGAUGACCAUCGCAGUUCCCAUCAAAGAUGCAAAACAAUGGUCUUUCCAAGGGAUGGUGCUGAAUGUAGUCAUUCAGCAGGAAAAAGCCGAAAGAGCAUUUCAGAGGGAUCUUUUCCUAAGGAGGUAUACAAUGAAUAUAGCUAUUCUGACUUCCCCCACUCGUGCUCACUGCCUUGUGAAAAUGAAAAUACCAAUGACUUGCGGAGAAAACAACCGAACUCCGUAGAUGCAAAGACUAUGAAGUUGUCGUAUGUACCAUUGCAACCUGCUCCAUGUUCUGUGAAAAUGUCAGUCAGCCCACCCAGAGGAAAGAAAAUGGGAGAGAAGUUAACCCGAAUGCCUCGAAAUUCAAACAUCAAAUCUUCCGAGGUGUCAGAUCUUAAAACGGGCAUACUGGAGGCUCCUAAGUCGAGAAAUCCUUCUCCUACUCGCCGGUUAAUCAAUAGCCUGGGUCUGAUUGGCCGAGUCUCCACCUCCAAAGAUAGUUCAGAAAAUGUUAUUGCUACAUGUGGAUCAGAUAAAACUAUUUGUUCUUCUUACUUGGAAGAUUCGGGUAAUAGUAAAUCCACUGGCAAAAGUAGAUCCCAGUCCAGCCCUUUAAGAAGGUUGUUGGAUCCAUUGCUGAAGCCAAAGGCAUCGAACUCUCACCAAUUUUUGGAGCCAUCGGAGAAAGAUCCAUCAUUGGUGGAUAGGGCCUGCAAAUCAUCUACUGUACAUCCAGUGAAAGCAAAAUUAGAUUUUUCUGGUUGCAAGAGUGUUGUGGUAGAUGAUUCACAUGGCAAAAAGAAACAAGGAUCGUCAACAGUGCAAGCACUUUUGCGAAUCGUCAUCAAGAAUGGCCUUCCGAUGUUUACUUUUGCAGUUGAGAGCAGCAGUGACAUUCUAGCAGCUUCAAUGAGAAAGGAUGAGAAAUGCUGGAUUUAUACGUUUUUCACUGUUCAUGAACUCAAGAAAAAAAAUGGGUGGAGAAAUCGAGGCAGCAAAGAUAAAAGUCAUGGUUAUGUUCCAAAUGCUGUUGCCCAAAUGACAGUUUCUGAUUCUGAGGUCCCCAACUUGGCAAGACAGAAUUCUGCAGACGAGCUUCGCAUUAGGGAGUUUGUUUUGUUUUCUGUGGACCUAAAACUUGAAGAUCAACACACAUCUGACCUCCAGACAAAUGAUGAGCUUGCAGCCAUUGUCGUGAAGGUCCCAAAAGGGAACUCUUAUGUGGAAAGUGGGUCUUUUGUUCGAAGUCAAGAGCUUCUUAGCACAACAGUUAUAUUACCUAGUGGUGUCCAUGGGCUACCGAGCAAAGGAGAGCCUUCACCAUUGAUUAAAAGAUGGAAAUUGGGAGGGAUAUGUGAUUGUGGAGGCUGGGAUUUGGGUUGCAGAUUAAGGGUGCUUGCUAACCAGACUAAACUUGGUAAGAGACCAAGUUCAGCCAAAAUUCAUAAUGCUGCCGAUAGAUUUGAGCUCUUCUCUCAGGGAGAAGAAGGAGACGAUACGCCUGGCUUUAGCAUGUCCUCGUUCAAGGAUGGUAUCUUUUCGGUUGAAUUCAAUUCGUCGCUCUCAUUUCUACAAGCAUUCUCCAUUUGUAUAGCAGUUUUGAGUUGUGGGAAACCAUAUGAGCUUUCAGAUUUGAGCAAGCCGUUUGGAGAGAAAUCUUUUGAGAAUGAAGGAAUAAAGGCCGCCAGCCAGGUCAAACUGGAGGUUCUUGAGAGUUAUAGCUCAAAUCCACCAGUUUCGCCUAUCGGAAGGGUCUAGAUUGCACGUGAACUGGGCACGCAUUGUACAGUUUUGUAUCUUCACUUGGCUAAAAUUAUUAUCAUGGGAAGCCUACAAUAAAAACUUCUGAUUGUUAGCGAUCAUCUUGUGCUGUCGUAAGUUGCAGCCAAAUGGAGCAUGACCUUUUAAUCUCAGAAGACAUGCUAUAGGGGCCGUAUGAUAUCAGAAAUAGGGAGUUUUUGCGUUCUCUUUUUUGCUUAGAAAGUGUCGAUUUUACUAGUACAUGGAAUGAAAUAUAUGCAGUGUAUUUUGUAGCUUCGUGGUGCACGAGGCUUCAUUUCAAUAUCACAUGAUUUAUUCA